AUGAAGUUAUUAAUUUUAUUGAUUUUACCGCUUCUUGCUGUCUGCAUAUCUUUACCUCAAAUUCGACGACUUCAAAGUGCUGCUGUAAAAGGCAAAUUACUUUGUAAUGGAAAGCCUUAUGAGAAGGCUCGUCUCAAAUUCUAUGAAGUUGAUCCAGUAAAGGACACCUUGAUGGCUGAAGGCUUAUCAAACGGCCAAGGAACUUUCGAACUUCACGGAAAAGAUACUGAAUGGACUACCAUUGACCCCAAGCUUAACAUCUACCACAACUGUGAAGAUGAAGCUGUGGAGUGCUGGAGAAAGGUUGAGAUCCACAUUCCAGACGAGUUCGUAUCAGACGGAGAAGUAGCUCAGAAAAUCUUUGAUAUUGGAGUUUUAAACCUUAAUGCCAAGUUACCUGGAGAGACUCGUGAUUGUUUGAACUGA